GUGUAGUGGAGAGGUAGUGGAGAGGUAGUGAAGAUCUACAGUUCUUUUCCGUGUAGCCUUACGGUAGAAAAAAGCCUACAGUGGAACUCCACGUCAGCAGCAGCAGAUUGAGUGAGCGAUCGACGAAAUUUCGGUGUUGUGUCGUUCCUAAAGCAGAAGCGAGGAGAUUUUUUUUUUUUUUUUUCCCGUAGUCAUUCCAUGGAUACGAUCAGUGCCAGUCUUCCCCCAAGAGGGGACCAGCCGAUCAGAUCGGACCGGCGGAACCGUGAUGACGAAGGGGAGGCUCGCCGGCGAGAAGAAGGUCAAGGCAAAGAGAAUGCCGACGAUGCUUCUGCGGGGACUAGGCCUCAGGUUGCGGUCAGCAGCGCGCCGGCCUCGAUCGGGAUGAUGGCGGCGAAGCCGUCCGACCCUCCGAUCAACCCGCCGAAGCCUGCCGUUGUCGGCGAUGACCCUGCCCGAUCUAGCACUCCACGUGUCAGACCCUCAGGGGUUUACGUAUAUUCAGCGAAGGAGCUGAGGGGGAACGGACCUCGUGCCACGUCAGAGGAAUCUCAGUCUAAUCAGAGGGUACCUAAAUCUUUCGAUCAUUCGCGACCAGAUGCAGAUGCACUCUAUGAGACUCCUCCCCUGGGCCAAAUAGUGGGCGCUAAUGACGGACGAGGAGCCGAAGGGGUGCCUUACGGGGGAGGAGGGAGAGGGGGAGAUGGGUCGGUCAGUCAAGCGAAGACUGUAGCUAAUAAUGCAAAUUACCCAGACUCUGGGCGCGGAGGUCAUCACCCACCCGACGGAUGGAUUGGCAAUCCUCCCAAUCAGUUCCCCGAUGGUACCCGAGCGUCCCAUCCCAACAACGGACCUGAUGGGCCCUCUGGGUCUGGAGGGCCAACGCACGGAGCAAGUGCUCCACCAUCCCAAUAUCCCCCACCGCAGUUUCCAUCCCUUUGGCCGGGGCCAGACCCGGGAUUUGGGUCGGGCGAACGUCCUGGAGGCAGUGGGUGGGGACCACCCCGUCCUGGCAACGGACCUGAUGGGCCCUCUGGGUCUGGAGGGCCAACGCACGGAGCAAGUGCUCCACCAUCCCAAUAUCCCCCACAGUUUCCAUCCCUUUGGCCGGGGUCGGGGUCGGGGUCGGGGUUGGGGUCGGGCGAACGUCCUGGGGCCAGUGGGGGGUGGUUUGCGGCCUCCGUUCCUCCCCACAUGGUCCAGACCCCGAUGUUCCGCAACUGGGUAGGGGAAACGAAUGAGUGCUGCCUGGAUUUCCAUAGCGCUGAGGAUGGCCAGCUGGUGGAAGGAGGACACAUUUACAUUCGGUCCUUCUUCUGCCCUUGCUCGAUCUUCGGCAAGACGAUGGAGAUGGCGGGAUUGGGUAAGUUCAAGGAGAAAGCAGGACUUUAUCUGGUCUCCUGGCUCGUUUUCACAAUCUUGGCGAUGGUAUCUAUCAUUGUCUCUGUGAAGAAGAAGAAUACUGUCGGGUGGAUACUUUUGGGCAUCCUGAUCUGGGCGCUGAGGAUGGCCGAUGGACUGCUUGGCGGGCUUUCCCGAACGAAAUUGCGGGAGAAAUUCCAACCUAAGGGUAAUGCAUGUUCUGAUGUCGGGGCACACUCGUGGUAUCCCGCAGCGGCACUGACGCAGGAGUACCGAACCAUGGCAGUAAACGUGAGGGACGGGGUGUGGGUGGGACCACAGCCGAGAAGUGGCAGCGGUGUAGCAGGCGGAGGCGGGGCCGGAGGCGGGGGCGGAAGAGGGGACGGGGCAGGGGAGAAGCCUGCAACAGGCGAUGGGGUGGUGACCGCAACGGCCCCGACGAACGGGGCCUCUGCGGCCGCUGCUUGUUUUCCAACUGGUGGGGCGCAAGGACCGGUCGGCAUGCCGCUCUCCUCGCCCGCUCCUCAAUACAUGGACCCUCGACCGGUCGUCCCCCAGACGGGUGGGCAAGUGAUGCAGAUGCCUGGCAUGAUGGUCCGCGCCCAGACGGGUGGGCAAGUGAUGCAGAGACCUGGUAUGAUGGUCCACACAGGUGCGCAAUUCCCGCCCAUGUUCACCCCCCCAGCGCAAGUGGUCGCCGCCCAGUCGUCUGUCCCGCUGCCGAUGUUCACCCCCCCAGCCCAAGUGGUCGCCGCCCAGCCGUCUGUCCCUUUCGGCGCCCCACAGGGUACGUCUCAAUUUAUGCAGACACAAGGCGUGAGGGGGCACUCACCGAUGGCGUGGGGCGUUACCCCCUCUCCACCUGCAGUUCAACAGGUCGGCACCGCCUCUCCUCAUGCAGUUCAACAGGUCGCCGUCCCCUCUCCUCAUGAAGUUCGACAGGUCGGCGCCCAGCCGGGAGCGUUACAAUUCAUCCAGACAAAUCCCGUGAUGGGGCAAUCACAGAUGCCGGGGGUCGGCCCUCCCAAUGCCCAACAGGUCGCCCUCUGGCCGUCUGUCACGGCCCAACCCAACCAAUUCGUGCAGACGAAUGGCGUGAUGGGGCAAUCACCGAUGCCAAGCGCUGGCGCUCCCUCUGCUCGUCCGCGGCGAAUAUGGAACGCACCCGGCUAAUAGUCAGCACAACACAGGGUGCACUCACACUACAAUAAUCUUAAAUGCACCUGACCCCAUUUAGGCCUGGAGGUAUAUGCAUCUGGCCAGAAUUCC